AUGGGUGACCAAAAAAUUGUUACAAACUCGGAAUCAUCUGCACCUGAAAAGUACUGCUCAGUUGGUGCUGAAUGUUACCAAAAAACUUUCAAGGGCUACCCAGCUGAUCAUGAAUGUUUCAUAAAAUAUCUUCCAGUUGGUUUUAGAUUUAAACCAACUGAUGCUGAGCUAAUAUCUCAUCACCUCACUAACAAAAUCACAGGAAAACCAUUAGAUCCUAAUUACAUCCAAGACGUAAACAUUCGCGAUUACACACCUGCGGAGCUUACAGGUAAGUACAAGGAAUAUGCUGUAGAUGGAUCAGAAUGGUAUUUCUUUACUCAUAGAGAACGAAAAUAUCCCAACGGGGAUCGACCUAAUCGUGCUGCUGGCAAUAGUGAAGGAUAUUGGAAAGCUACCGAGAGAACUAAACCGAUUAAGGACCAACAAGAUAAAAGACAAAUUGGGUCUAAAAGGACUUUGGUUUACUAUAAAUGGGAUGAUAAAGAUUCACGGAUCAAAGGAAAAGUAAGUAAGACUAACUACAAAAUGCAGGAGUACGUUGUGGUCGAUGCAGCAAAAUCUGCACAAGAUAUUCCUGACAGUAGUAAUAUAAGACUUGCAAGUGAUCAAGAUAAUAAAGUGAAGGCGUUUACAGAUUUUGCCUUGUGUAAAAUAUAUUGGAAACCAGCUAAAUCGACAGGAAAUUCUGGACCAGCCAAUGACGGCAUUACUCCAGCUAGUUCGGAUGACAAUAAUAAUGAACGGGGCGAAGUUCAUCCGAGGAAAAUGAACUCUUUGGGAGGGAACUUGUAG